UCGUAGUUAUUAUAGCAACCGACAGCUGUUGCACUAGGUUGCCAACUCUUAAAAUAAAAAAUUAACAAAUAUGCACCUAAUUUUUUAAGAAAUCAGGGUACAUCAAGGAACGCGCACAAGUUCCAGCCGGCCGAUUGAAAUAAGAGUUUCUACCAAAUAACAAAAACGGUCGCAAUAUUAAAUUAAGUUAUAACGCGAUGACGUCGAUAAUAAAACUGCACACAAUAUCUGGUGCCAUGGAUGAAUCGCCUCCCUGCUAUAUUCUGCAAAUAGACGAAGUGCGGAUUCUACUCGACUGUGGGUGGGACGAGAAGUUCGAUCCCAAUCUUAUCAAGGAGUUAAAAAGACAUGUACAUACCAUCGACGCAGUGCUUUUGUCACAUCCAGAUGUAUACCAUUUGGGUGCGCUACCCUAUCUCGUUGGAAAACUCAGCAUGAAUUGNGAUAUCUGGUGCCAUGGAUGA